AUGUUUAGCCAGGUGCCCAGAGCCCCAGCUUCAGGCUGCUACAGUCUCAAUGCCAUGCCUUCUGAGGACCAGGAGAUGUUCCUGAGAUUCGAUCCGAUGGCUAGACGUUCCCCGUACCGGGUGAGCCGGAUCCUAGCCCGCCACCAGCUAGUGACAAAAAUCCAGCAAGAAAUCGAGGCAAAGGAAGCAUGUGACUGGCUCCGAGCGGCUGGUUUCCCCCAGUACUCUCAGCUCUUCGAGGAUUCACAAUUUCCCAUCAACAUCGUGGCUGUCAGGAAGGACCAUGACUUCCUUGAAAAGGACCUCGUAGAACCUGUUUGCAGACGGCUAAAGACUCUCAACAAGUGUGCCUCCAUGAAACUUGAUGUGAACGUUCACAGGAAGAAGAGUGACGACUCUGAUGAGGAAGAUCUUUGUCUCAGCAAUAAAUGGACUUUUCAAAGAACCAGUCGGAGAUGGUCUCGCGUGGGCGACAUCCACGCGCUCUUCCCCGGAGGAGAAGACAGGAACGGGUCUUCGGGGGACAUUAGGAUGAAGAACACCCCCAGCAGCGAGAGCGUGCUCACGGAGCUCAGUGAACCCGAGGUCUCCUCCGUGCAUAGCGGCAGCAGUGGGGGCAGCGAGGGCAGGAGCCAGCCUGGGACACCCAGGGCUGGCCACGAGGCCUGGGGUUACCUGACCAUGCCGGACGCGGUGUCCGUCAGCAGCCACCUUCCUCUGUCUCCCAGAGACACCGUCCACUACCCUUGUCACCCCAAGAAUGAGAAGUCAGGGAGAAACCGAGCCAAGUCGUUUCUGAAACGCAUGGAGACCCUGCGGGCCAAAGGGUCCCCCGGGAGGCACAAGGGGUCCGGGCGGACAGGGGGCUUGGUGAUCAGCGGGCCUAUGCCUCAGCAGGAGGCCGAUGCCUUUAAGAGCAUUGUGUACAUGCAGCCCCCCAAUGGGGAACUCCAGCCCCUUGCUUCCGGGACCUCCAGGAAGGGGCCUCGGGGCACCAGUAAAUCAGGCAGCGAGUCGGAGCCCAGCAGUAGUGGGCCCAGCACGCCCUGCCUUGAGGCCAACAAGCGAGGGGGUAUGUACCUGGAAGACCUGGAUGUGCUGGCUGGGGACCACAGCCGUGCACACACCUUCCAUUCCCAGGAGAACUUGGUGGUGCAUGUCCCCAAGGACCACAAACCAGGGACUUUCCCCAAAGCUCUGUCCAUAGAAAGCCUGUCGCCUAUGGACAGUAGCAAUGGGGCUAACUGGCGGGCCGGGAGCAUGGGCCUGGGCCGACGACAGGUCACCGAUGCCAUGGAGCCCCGGCUCAUGGGGAGCUGCUCAAGAGAGAGCCGUGUCAGUAUCUACGACAAUGUCCCUGGUUCCCACCUGUACGCCAGCACAGGGGACCUCCUGGACCUCCCCGGACUGGAUGACAUUGUGCAGCAGGUCAAUGGCAUUCGAGACGUGGUGGACAACUGGUCCAAGAACCUCCUGCCUGAACCGCUAACCCAGGACGGGCUUGCCGGAGAGGGGCUCGCAGAGUGCCCCUUCCCACCUUCACAUCAGAUCACCUUAGAUUUUGAAGGGAACUCCAGCUCGGAAGGCCGGACCACGCCCAGCGACGUGGACAGAGACGGGUCGUCGCUGGUUGAAUCCGAGGCCCCUGGGGUCAGAGAGCGGAGGGAUUCCGGGGUCGGGGCCUCGUUGACCCGCCCAAACAGACGUCUCCGUUGGAACAGCUUCCAGCUCUCCCACCAGCCACAGCCGUCCACAGUGUCCCCUCCCAUCAGCCACCAGACGGCCGGCCAGCUCAAACUACUCCAGCGCCUCUCCCUGCUACGCCUGACAGCCAUCAUGGAGAAAUAUUCCUUGUCCAGCAAGCACGGCUGGACGUGGUCGGUGCCGAAGUUCAUGAAGAGGACGAAGGUCCCCGAUUACCGGGACAAGGCCGUGUUUGGUGUUCCUCUGAUAGUACAUGUCCAGAGAACUGGGCAGCCCCUGCCUCAGAGCAUACAGCAAGCCCUGAGGUUUCUGCGAAGCAACUGCCUCGAUCAGGUGGGCCUUUUCCGGAAGUCAGGAGUGAAGUCCCGGAUCCAAGCCUUACGCCAGAUGAACGAGAACUUCCCCGAGAACGUCAGCUACGCAGACCAGUCAGCAUACGACGUGGCGGACUUGGUGAAACAGUUCUUCCGGGACCUCCCGGAGCCGCUGUUCACCAACAAGCUCAGCAACACCUUCCUGCACAUCUACCAGUAUGUUCCCAAGGAGCAGCGGCUACAGGCUGUGCGGGCGGCUGUCCUGCUGCUGGCGGACGAGAACCGAGAGGCCCUGCAGACACUACUGUGCUUCCUGAGUGACGUGAGCAACAUGGUGGAGGAGAACCAGAUGACCGCCAUGAAUCUGGCCGUAUGUCUCGCCCCCUCCCUCUUCCAUCUGAAUCUGCUGAAGAAAGAGAGCUCUCCACGGGUCAUCCAGAAGAAAUACGCCACGGGGAAGCCAGAUCAAAGGGACCUGAACGAGAACCUGGCAGCCGCCCAGGGUCUUGCUCACAUGAUCAUGGAGUGCAACCAAGUGUUUCAGGUGCCUCUCGAGAUGGUGGUCCAAUCUCAAAGUUCCUAUCUGGAGGCUGAGAUUCAGUCUCCGACCCUGGAGGACCUGGGAAGGAACCUGGAGGAGGGUGGGGCCACCUGCCACUCAUACCUGGAACACCUGGUGCAGGGCCUCCAGAAAGAAGCCAAGGAGAAGUUCAAGGGCUGGGUCACCUGCCCCAGCAUAGACAACACGGACCUAGCCUUCAAAAAGGUGGGUGAUGGGCAGCCACUGAGGCUGUGGAAAGUGUCGGUGGAGGUGGAAGCCCCACCGUCCGUGGUCCUGAACCGCGUGCUGAGGGAACGGCACCUAUGGGACGAGGACUUCAUGCAGUGGAAGGUGGUAGAAGCACUGGACAAGCACACGGAAGUCUACCAGUAUGUGCUGCACAGCAUGGCCCCCCAUCCUUCCAGGGAUUUCCUGGUCCUCAGGACAUGGAGGACGGAUUUGCCCAAAGGCACAUGCGCACUGGUGUCCACCUCGGUGGAGCACGAGGAGGCCCAGCCUAUGGGCGGUGUGCGUGCCGUCGUCUUGGACUCUCAGUACCUCAUAGAACCCUGUGGUUCCGGGAAGUCCCGACUGACCCACAUCUGCAGGGUGGACCUCAGGGGCCACUCCCCAGAGUGGUACAACAAGGGCUUUGGACAUAUGUGCACAGCAGAAGUGGUCAGGAUCAGGAAUUCGUUCCAACCCCUCAUCGCAGAAGGCCCAGAAACGAAAAUCUGA